AUGCGGGACCUGCCUCUGGUUUUGAGAGCAGCUCCAGGCAUAGCAGAUGCUGCUGAGGCUGUAGCAGUGGCGAAAUAUACGAUGGAUCCACAGAGAAAACGAGCUACAUGGGAUGCAGAUCAUUUAAAACGAGCUGUAGAAGCUGUUGCUGAAGGGAUGCCUGUCAGAGCCGCUUCGAAAACAUACUGGAUUUCUCGACGUACGUUACGCAACCACAUACGUUCUGGACUAACAACCAAACGUUUGGGACGAAAAACUUGUUUGGAUGAAGCUCAGGAAAGAAAUAGUGUGCAGAAUCCUUUUAAUGAGAUGAAGAGAUUGGCUGGACGCAAGUGGCUCAAGCUCUUCCUACAAAGACACCCAGGCAUUGCAAGAAGGAAGGCACAACACUUGAAUCCAGGAAGAGCUGCAAAGCUAAACAAGAUUAUUGUAAAUGAUCAUUUUCAGAAACUGAAAACGGUCUUGUCUGAAUUGGAGUUAUUUGACAAACCCUACCUUAUGAACAAUAUGGACGAAAAGGGAUGUCGCCUCGCACUCUACAAGUCUCCUGGUGUUUUAGCCAAGAAAGGUGUGAGACGCUUGCACUUUGUUGCCUCAGAACAUGGGGAAAAUGUUACCAUUGUCUCAUGUGGGAAUGCAAUUGGACAGGUUAUUCCUCCUAUGAUACUUUUCAAAGGAAAGCGACGCAAGCCAGAAUGGGGAGACUAUUUGCCACCUGGGACUGCAGUAGAAAUGACAGAUAAGGGCUCAGUGAAUACUGCGACAUUCAUCAAAUGGAUACAUCAUUUUGCCAAAUACAAGCCUGCAAAAAUAUGUUAUUUUCAUAUUUGA